GAAGUCUUUGUACCAAUUAGCAGCUGCUAGCUUGAAGCGGCUCAUUAAAAACAUCACUCAGCUCUUUAAAUGGCUGCAACCUGUGGACAGACGGCGGGCUCCUCCAGCGGCCCGCCUCGCUUAACCACAGCCGCCGGACUUCCAGGCGCCUGUCGGACGGUUGAGUCACUUUUGUCGGUUUUAAAGUUGAGCUUUUAUCGUCACUUGGCCGGUUUGUGAUCAUGUCGGGCAGCGUCGCUCUCUGCGCUCAGAUCGCCUCCGUGAUUGACGCCUUGUCCAAAGCUGCGGCGGCGGCAAAUCGCUGAAGUUGUGGAGGACGGGAUGGUGGUGCUGCGGCUGGAGGUCUGUCAGCGGGACUCCGAGAUCCAGAAGCUGAAGAGCGACAUCGAGCUGCUGCACGGAGAGCUGAGGGCGGCGCAGCAGGCAGUGACUCGUCGACCCGAGCACCGCGUUGGAGGAGGAGGAGGACAGGAAAGUCAUAGUGGUGCUCUAGAUGAGAGGAACCUUCUUCAUAAAUGUCAUGAAGGCCACCAGAUCCUGCCUGAAGCUGAAGCUCAGAUGAAAUGUGAACCUGUGGAAGAUGCAGGUGGGGCAGUUAUAAGACAACCUGACAAGCCGAAAGAAGAGUUGGGAUUGUGCGAAAGUGCUCAGUGGAGAUCAAUAACGCAAAAUGAGACCGGACGCAACAACUCGGAUUAUUUGACUGUAGGUCAGAACUCAAUGUUGUGUCUUCCUGAAGCGCCUUUGGAUGGCGGACUGGUUGUGCCCUGCAGCAUUGGCAGUUCCAGUGGGUUUCACCACAGUCCGUUCAUCAGCCGUGGACUGCUGGGCUACAGUCAGUACAGGAACUCGUACAACACGGUGCGAAGGAGGACUGUGAAGAGGUUGAUGUUCAAGAAGGGCUUCAUCUGUCCAUACUGUGGCAAAUGCUUUGAGCGAGCCGGCCACCUUGAGAGGCACAAAAGGAUUCAUACCGGGGAGAAACCGUAUCGCUGCGAGAUGUGCGAGAGGAGGUUCAAUCAGAAAUGUAGCCUCAAGGAGCACAUGAAGAUUCACAGAAGAUAUAUUCAGUCCAGACUAGUUGAGACCCAAAUGGGCGAACAGAAGUCGACUCCUGAGGUGAACCCUUGUAUUGAAACACAACGCCAAGAGGAGGAGAGUCAGGCUGGAGAUGUCCAUAAGACUGAGGACAUUCUGCCCACACCUGUACAGGUAAAAUCUGAGCCUGUAGAGGAGAAAAUAACACAACCACUGUUUCACGAAGGAAAUCGGCAGACAAGGGAAGGCUCUGACAACCUCAGUGAGACCUUCACAGCAUUGGAGGGAGAAAGUCAGCAGUGGAUGUCCAGAUUACAAAGCAACCAAGAGCUGGACAGCACAGAGUUUCUCAGCAACUCAGCGCAGAACGUGACCUCCUACCCAAGGAUAGCUCAGUUACUCCAGUCACCGGUAGAAGCUUCUUGUAGCCCCUUCUCUUUCCCAGGGAAACCAUACGGGGAAAUCAAAACCAGCAUGAUCUCCCAGACACCUUACAGAUCCUCAGACACACUUAUGCCAAACGAAACAGGUUUACACAAUUUAACAGAGGACUCGAUGGAUCAUCGUCAGCAGAGGAGACCUAGAUCUUUUCAGGUGAUCAAACCAAAGAAAUGCUUUGCCUGUUCGUACUGUGGCAAGAUCUUCGAGCGAGCUGGCCACCUUGAGAGACACUUACGAAUUCACACCGGGGAGAAACCGUACGGCUGCCACAUCUGCGGGAGGUGCUUUAACCAGAAAAGCAGUCUCAAGGGCCACAUGAAGACACACAGGAAUGGGGAGAAUCCAGACGUGCCUGAGGCUACUCAGUUGAUCUUCACAAUGCCUGACAAUCAACUAUUAGAGAACCUGUUGGAACCCAAGAACGGACUGGUCGCUUUAGAGGAACAGUUACCAGGUCCUGCAUACGGCGAGACAGUCAAAGAGGAAACUGUAAUGGUAAAGCUUGAGCCAAACAGGGAGGAUUUUCAGACUCCGGGUCAAAUAGGAGCUGAAGGUAGAUCAGGAGCAUCGGACCAAAGUCAGCUGUGGACGUCUGGGAUGGAAAAGAGCAAUGAUGCCCCUGAACAAACAUCCUGUCUACUUUUGCAAGAUGUCAAGUAUCACCUCAGUCCUGCUGCCGGAGUCAGUGAGCAGCAGGAAUACACAUCUCCAGUCAAAGAUCUAGCUUUUCACGACAACAAAGAAAAGGAAAGCGUCAUGCAUAUUGAUCAGUAUCCAGUCUUGGGAAUGCAGCCAGGAAGCUCUGAUUUAACUUUAGCAGCUGAGUCACAUGAUCAGCGUCUUACACAUGAGGUGUCUGUGAAUGAUUACAGCUCAGUGAGUGGCAGGACUCAUGAGGGAGGCUUCUUUGAACUUACGAUGACCGCCUCGGGCGAGCAUGAGGACGGCGGUGUCGGGGACGCCCCCAGACAAAAUAGCUUUAUAUGCGCAAGUUGUGGGCAAAGCUUUGAUAGUUUCACAAUGUUUCAAAGGCACCAGUGUGAGCAAAUCACAGAGCAGUCCUUCUGCUGCGAAAUAUGUGGGAAGACUUUCAAUCAGAUGACCAUCCUGAAACUGCACCUUAAACUGCACUUGGAAAACAAUCCUUCAUAAUGUCCACAACGGGGAAAAUACAGUUGUAGCAAACGGCAAAAGACACAAGAUUAUGUUCUCAUGAGAUCUACAAAACUGCUCAAUAUCAACCAAAACUUUCAAUGGCUAAAGCUGAGGAACAAACUGCAUUGUUCUCCAUUCAUAGUAUUAAUCAUGUUUUUUUUUCUUUUUUUUGUGCAGACACCAAAAGACUGAUCCGUCUGACUUCUUCCACAUUUCUAAAUUCCUGGCACAAAUGUUCUCCUGCUACUUUAACCUCCUCCAUCUUCCUCUUACAGUAGAGGGAAAGCUAUUUUCGACAUGACUGAGUUUUGUUGGCAGAGACAGCGAACACGAUUGCCGUAGUAGGCUCAGCUUUUGAGUGACAAUAAUUUAAUUACUAUCAAGAGAAACCAAAAAAAAUUUAUAUGCAGAGCUGUCAGUUGGGCUUGUCAUUAGUUUAUUGAAAUUAUUAAGGCUAUUUUUUGUUUUUUACUGUGCAAUUUCACAGUACAAGUUAAGAAGCUUAAAACAUAAACCAGUUCAACACGUACUGUAAGUCGUGUGAUUUUUGUGUUUUUUCAUGCUAAGAUUCGAAAUUCUAUUCUUAACCUUCUGAACCUAAAGCACUUUUUCAGUAUUUUUUUGCUACGGUCGCAUUUUCAUUUUCAUUUUUUUUCACUGCAAUAUAAAGGCCUGUGCUUCUAUGGAAACAGAACAGUUGUGGUUAGAAGUAGAGAGAUUAUAAAAAGGUCAACAACACAGCUGUAAUGUCAUAAAUCAAGAACGAGCAAAAGCUGAAUUACUUGGAUUACGUAUUUUUCAAAAAUUGGGAAGAAACUGGAGUCAACAUGUACAGCAUUCAUUCAAGUGCCCACGAUUGUUGCCAUUACUAGAUAAUAAUGUUGUCUCUAAAAAAAUUAUAGACAUUUUAUUUCCUCAUUUGUUUGCUACCUGCUUAGUAGCUGAAGUUCAGCCAACAAGUCCCAGAAUAUUUGACACAUAGCAGACUUACCAAUUUUUGUUUAAUGCAGAUUCUGAUUAAUGCAAACAGUUUCAUUUGGGCAAUUUUUUGAAAAAGGCCAUGUAGAUGAAAGUAAUUUUGGUAAAAAUUAUGAUUUUAGAUUUAGAUAAGUUUUCCAGUGAAACGUUGAAGGAAGAAAGUCUAAUAGUUCUUUCAGUUUUUACAAUUCCUGCUGCAUCUAAAAUGUGUCAUUUCUACAAGUUUGUUUUCUUUUUUAAGACGUGCCUUUCAAACUGCAGAUUUUGAGGUUCAGAGGGUUAGAAAUGUGUCCUUUACAUUACAAGUGAUGUGCUUUAAGCAAAUCUCCUGAUUUUAAAGAAGAUCAAUAUGGAUACAUUAGCUAAUAAAUCAGGAAAUGCUGAUUUUUUUUUUUUUUCUUUUAGUAUUUUUUUCAGAAUUGAUACAAACCCAUGCUAAACGCAUGGAUGUAGCAUAUCAGCUAAUGGUUUCUGCUCUAUUAGCUAUUUUUACUGCAAUAUUUCACAGUUAAAUCAGUCUACAUCAUAAUUUUACUAAAGUGCAGUGAUCAGUGCAUCAUCAGCAUAUUUUAUUUUACAAUAUGGAUUGAGUUCUUCUGUUGAGGGCAUCCAAUGAAGGUGCUUGAAGUUUAGCUUUGCUGCAGAUGUGGUUAAAAGCUAGUAUAAAAUAAUUUGUUGAAGUGAUAGCAGUUAGCAGAGUCGAACCUCAUCCUCAUUUAUUGUUCCUCAAAUUGUCAUCACCUCCAAAGCUGCAUGUGAACACGUCUUGAUAAUGUCGGUUCAAUAUUCUGUCAGUUGUUUCAAAAAGCAGAUGCUGUGAAUUUUGAAUGGAGGCAAGAUUUAAAACAUAUGAGUUUCCACUAACCAAAACCAGUGAAUGACCACAUGGUGAAGUUUUUGUGGAGAAAGUGAAGGAACGGUAGUAAGAUGACGAAUAUGUAAUAAACUUUACUAAAGAGACCUGAAAUACCUCAUUGAUUCCAAGAUUUUGGGAAGGUCACAUAAUUUUUGAGAUGUCCCUUUGAUUUGGUCGAGAUCAUUUAUAACAAAUGCAGUCAAAGGCAGUGUUAAGCAUUUCAAAUGGACACCCUUAAAAUGAAAAGAAAUCAUCUGAUUGAUUCAGUUGUGUGUCCCAGAUGAACAGUGCAUUUUUGAUGGCUGGACUUGAAGUAUAGAUGGUUAAAAUAGCACUAGCUCAGAAGUAGCACCUGUCAGGGGCAGGAAUUGUGACUAGAACCCUUUAUUGUGUGAGUGCCUACAUUUUUCACAUGACAAAGAUAUCUCUAAACCUGCCAUUGCAGUCUUACUGCCUUUAAAAACUGUCAUGUUCUUGUUUUUUUGUUUGUUCUUUAAUUGUAGUGUUUUCACUCUGAUUUAAUUCAGUGGCUUGUUGGACAAAACCAUGAUCAAUAACUGUUAAUGUGAUACCCACCAAUUGUAGCAUGGUUCACGGUCAUCAUACGACCUCCACAGUAGUAGUCACUGCGUGCACGAGGUUAGCUGACCUUUGAAAAGAUAAAUAUAUAUUGAAAGUAAAGUCAGAUUUUCUUUGUUUUGUAUUUUCAAAAGAAAUAAAAAUGAAAUUUAUUGAA